AUGUGGAAGUUACUACACUUAGGCGCUCUUGAGGAAUGCGACCAUGUAGUAGGAGAGUUUAUCUCGACAUUCUUCCUCACCCCGAAACCAAAUGGAACAUUUCGCUUCAUUUUUAAUUUAAAAGAGCUGAAUAAAUUCAUUUAUGCACCCCACUUCAAGCUUGAAGAUUUAAAAUCUGCCAUGAAUCUCGUUUCAGUUAAUGAUUUCAUGGGAUCUAUUGAUCUAAAGGAUGCCUACUUUGUAGUUCCUAUUGACGAGGAAGACAGAAAAUUUCUCAGAUUAGAAUUCAAAGGCCAACUAUUUCAAUUUACAUGUCUUCCUUUUGGAUUAUCCACCAGUCCCUUUGUUUUUACAAAAAUUAUGAAACCCGUUGUUAGUAAACUCCGAUUACAAGGAAUGCGGCUAAUGAUAUAUUUGGAUGAUUUUCUUUUCGUAAGUAAUUCCAAGGAUCAAUGCGAAGAAAAUAUGAGAACAUGCAUAAACUUAUUAGAAAAUCUAGGUUUUAUUGUGAAUUUCGAAAAGAGCUCCUUAGUAGCCACCCAGAAGUGUAAAUACUUAGGUUUUGUGAUCAAUUCUGUCAACUAUUCAUUGGAGUUACCAGACAAAAAGAAAAUACAGAUUAAGGAAAUGAUCAAAAUAUUCAAGAAGGGAGGAAAACACAAAAUUCGUCAAUUUGCCACUCUCUUGGGUGUCCUAACUGCAGCAUGCCCGGCAAUGGAGUAUGGCUCUAUCCACUGUAAAAGGCUGGAGAGACAAAAAUUCUUGGCGUUGAAAUUCAACGGUGGCAAUUAUGAGGGAAAAAUUCUGAUUAAUGAUAUUAUGUUUGAAGAUCUAGAGUGGUGGCAGAAAAAUGUUAAUAUUGGAUUGAAUCCUAUCAGACGUCAGGAAUAUUCCAUGGUGAUAUUUUCAGAUUCCUCGUUGACAGGCUGGGGAUGUUAUUGUAACAAUAUCAAGGCUCAUGGUUUUUGGAGUGAAAAGGAGCAAGGGAAACACAUUAAUUACCUUGAAUUAUUAGCGGCCUUUUUUGCCCUGAGAUGCUUUGCAUCUAAAGUAUCGAAUACCGAAAUCCUAUUACGUCUAGACAAUACUACCGCGGUCUCUUAUAUUAAUAAAUCUAGAGGAAUCCAAUUCCCACACCUAAGUGAAUUAUCAAGAAAAAUUUGGGAGUGGUGCGAAAGGAGAAAGUUAUGGAUAAGAGCUUCAUACAUCCCUUCAAAGGAGAAUAUAGAAGCAGAUUCAGCAUCCCGAAUAACGAAUAUUGAUACAGAGUGGAGUCUCUCUCCCUCAGCAUUUGAACGAAUCGAGGAAAAGUUCGGUCCCUUCUCGGUGGAUCUUUUUGCAACAAGAUUGAACAACAAGUGCAAUAAGUUCUAUUCUCGUUUCCCAGACCCUCAAGCUAGUAUCAUUGAUGCAUUUACUGUCUCAUGGAAAGAAGAACUCUUCUAUGCCUUUCCUCCUUUCGCGCUGAUCCUCCGUAGCUUAAGGAAAAUUAUCAAUGACGAAGCUACUGGUAUUCUAGAACGAGAUCCAUCCCCUGUCAUCCCACCUUUCAUUGGUGGCAGGGAAAUUAUCCGGUCAGCCUACUCAAGGAAGGGAAUCGACGAGAGUUCAGUAGAAAAAAUGAUCAAUUCUAUUGCUGCAUCAACACUCCGACAAUAUGAAUGUCAGCUAAAAAGAUGGUGGAGUUAUGCUCAUGCUAAACAAUUAGAUGUCUUCAACGCAAAGACUUCAGAGAUUAUUGAAUUCCUCAACUCCAGAUCGGAAGAAGGGAGUAAAUAUAAUACUUUGAAUAGUUCUCGCGCAGCAAUUGCCUUGAUUACUUCAUAUGAUGUGAACAAUGAUGGUUUGAUAUCACGUUUCAUGAGAGGGGUUUUCAGAGAAAAUCCUACCAAAGCACGAUACUCCACGACAUGGAACAUUACUCCAGUUCUAGAUUAUUUAGAAAAGCUGCCCCCUCUACAAGAAUUAACCUUGAGUGUCGCAGCUGAAAAAUUAUGUACUCUCCUGGCUCUCACAACGGCUCAAAGGUUACAAACCUUAUCACUCAUCAGGAUUGAUAACAUAGUCAGAUUUGACUCUUACAUAAGUAUAAAAAUUACGGAAUUGGUUAAGACGUCGAAACCAGGUUCAUCAGAACCAGAUCUAAUUCUACCUUUUUUCCCUGAGAGACCUGGAUUAUGUGUAGCCUCAUUAGUACUAGACUAUAUUAAGAUGACCCAAAAAUUCAGAAAUGAACAAACCAAAAACCUAUUGAUUGCUACCAUGAAACCCUACGGGGCUAUUAGUGCCCAAACGAUUGGUCACUGGAUCAAGAGGCUUUUGGGAAAGGCAGGUAUCGACAUAUCUCAGUUCGGUGCUUACAGUACUCGGCAUUCUGCGGUUUCAGCAGCUCACAAGCGAGGAAUAGAUAUUGCAACUAUUAGACGAACUGCUGGAUGGGCCCCUGAAUCUCAGACCUUUUUCAAGUUCUAUAAUAGACCCAUCCAGCCUCUCAAUGAUGAAUUUGCACACAGGGAUUUUCCCGAUUGGCCAUCCCACUGUCCAUGUGGGGCGUGA